AGUAGACUACGCGUGUAUAUGAAAUUUAGCUUAUAAACCUUAGUAUUUGUGCCUUUGUGUCUCUGUGUCUUUGUGUCUUUGUUGAAGGUAAAAGUGCGGGAGCGACUUCUUUUUCCCAUUCCACUUUUCUCCCUCCCUUCUUUACUCUUUUUCCUUCAUGACUUCUCUUCAUACACCACAAGAAGACGCGUCUAUGGACACGACUGACGCCACCAAGCAACAGCAACAGUUGCCAACCAAGACUCAACAGAUUGUGCCCGACAAGAACUUUACUGAGAACUCGACCGAGAAUGAGAACGAGAACCAGAUUGAGAUUCAGAAUGAGAAGCAACCCGACCCAUUCGAUUCCUUCGAGAGUCCAGCUUUCAUCGUCCAGAGUCCAACAGCGACCAUGACCCAGACAGACCCCAACCAUCACCACGCCUUCGCCUUCCCGCUUCUCGCAAACAUGCCUCGCCUGCACCUCGACAUAGUCUCCACAUCCACUCAAUCCGCAUCCACAUCCUCUCCCUUAUCCUCAGGGGUAUCCUCGUACCAUCAGGACCUCGAUUCGCUUUCUUCUUCCUCACCAUCAGCGUCGCUUAAAGUGCCCGGCCUCCCCAGCAAUAAUGAUGAUCUCAGCAACACGAGUUUCGGACGAACACAUGGACAUGGACGCAGCCUAUCUGUCGACACCUCUUCAACAACACCAAGGCCAGGAAUAGACGGCAGCUCCAGUACACCCGGGUCUCGACGAAGCUCCUUCUCAAGACCGAUCCCCGUCAAGGAAACGCUUGACGCAUGUGUGACAGAGACCGCAGAUGGCCGUUUGAAAUUGAAGCAAUACGUCCUCGAAAGAAUCAUUGGACAGGGCGCCUACGGCAUCGUCAAUCUAGGCAUCGAUGUCGACACAGGGAUAUAUUAUGCAAUCAAGGAGUUCAGCAAGUCCAAGCUGCGCAAGAAAGAUCGUGCAAACCUGUUCAUGCUAGGUCGAGGACGCGGUCGACGUGGGCCAGAGGCACCAUUGGCACCAUCGUCACCCCUGGACAUGAUUCGAGGCGAGAUUGCCAUCCUGAAAAAGCUGAACCACGAGAAUAUUGUCAAACUGUACGAGGUCCUGGAUGUUGCCAAAGAAGACUCUAUGUUUAUGGUUUUUGAACUGUGCGAACGCGGGGUGCUGACAGAAGUGACUCUAGGCGACAAGAUCGGCAAGAUCUUUGAGGAUGAAGAAUGCCGUGAUGUCUUUGCGCAGAUGGUCCUCGGCAUCGAAUACCUCCACGACCACGACAUUAUUCACAGGGAUAUCAAGCCGGACAACCUCCUUCGCUCCUCAGAUGGCACACUGAAGAUCGUUGAUUUCGGCGUCUCAGAAAUGUUUGCAAAGAAGGGCCACGAUUUGACAAAGAAAUCCGCGGGCUCACCGGCAUUCAUGGCGCCAGAGCUGUGUCGGUAUGGUCAUGGAGAGGUCUCAGGAAGGGCCACGGAUAUUUGGUCUAUGGGGGUGACCUUGUACUGUAUCCGGUAUGGCCGCUUGCCGUUCCGUUCCACGAGUCCGCUGGAACUGCAGACAAUUAUUCGAGAGAAAUCUCCGGAUUUGGAGGAAGAACAAGACCCGAGGUUCAGGAGCUUGAUGCAGAGACUGCUCGAGAAGGAUCCUACCAAGCGGAUCACCAUUGAUGAACUCAGAAAUGACCCAUGGUUGACAGACGAUGGUCACAAGGAAUUGAAGUGCAAGGAGUUGAACACAGAGACUGCUGUGACAGAAGUGACAGAGGAUGAACUAAACGGAGCCAUCCAGCGCAUCAACGGGCUUAUGACCCUUAUCAAAGCGGUGGCAAAGUUCAAGAAGCUGAUCAAGAGUCCAGCACUCAGCUGCAGUUCUAGCUCGAGCUUGAGCACGCGAUCGUCGUCCCAGGAGAACGUUAAGAGUGUCCAAUGCAUUACACCCGUUUCUUCGACACCCUUUUCGUCUCCCAUAUCGUUCUCGAGCAAGAGUAAGCAGUUUCAAGACGCGGACGAAACUAAGGCAUCAUGUGCUGCAAUUUCUUCCUUCAGUAAAUAAAUUCACACCUAUUUGUGCCUUUUGAAGAAA